AUGGCUGCCGCAAGAGAGAAUUUCAAGCCGUACAUACCUGUUGCCGGUGGCGCCGAUGAUGGCUGGUCAAAAGACGGCCAAGCCACUGCCACAUGCUACUGUGGUGCAGUGCAGUUAGCUUUUACGGACGAACCUCAGCCAACCCAAGGCCCAGGCCUAAUCGACACAUUCACCUGCCACUGCACGGACUGCCGAAAAAUUACCGCAUCCAUGUUUGCGACCAAUUUCAUUGUCGCGGACUCACAUCUCAGACACAUACGUGGCCAAGAAAACCUCAAAUUAUUUAGCCAGUCAAAGACCAUUGCAUCCGGAAAGGCAAUGACAAAUUGUUUCUGUUCCACAUGUGGCUCACUCAUGUAUCGCAUCAGUGAAAUGUUUCCAGGGCACAGUAUACUGCGUACCGGAACGGUGGAUGACUUCACACUGCACGAAACGAAACUGAAGCCCAGGUUUGAGCUCUAUACUAAAGACCGUGUGGGAUGGCUUCAGGGGGCAACUGGUGUGGCGCAGGUCAAGGGUUCCGCUUAUACGCCGAAGGGCCAUGGCCCUUCGGGCCCCUGA